UAUGGCUGAUAGUUUUAUAAAAAAAGAGAUCAGAUUAUCCCGUCUUGUGAGACUGCAAAAACACGUGAAUUUGCCCCAGUUGUCUUCUCUUUUUGUGUUGCCAGAUACUGAUUUUUUCCCUGAAUUCUCUGCCUGUAUAUGUGUUCUGCGCUAUAUGGAUCACAUGCUAUACUGAGAUUGGUUGGUAUAAGUUCAACAGCCUCGUUAACUUGGUUUUGCUCUCAUCAAUAUGGAAGUUAGGUAUAUAUUGCCAUUUCGAUACAUAUAUUUAUGGACAUAUAAGGUUUAGAACUUAAGUCUUAUGUUAAGUAACUGGAGUGUACUCAAUAGACUGUUUUCUGCUUAUGUUCCAUUUUAGUGUCAGAUGGGAUACCAAUGGAUCAAUUUGCUACCUUCAUUGACAUGCUGCUCCCAUUCUAUUCUUAUUGAUGGCUAGGGAGACUGAUCUAAAGAUGUUAGAUUUCAAGCAAAAUCUAUAGUGCUGGUGAGAGAUUUUCUUUUCAAUAGAGCUAUCAGGAGCUGGUACAUUUCUCUCUUUUUUCCACCAUCAUUUAGCUUAUUCAGUGCGAUAAGAAUUAACACUCCAGUACUCCACAAUUCUUGUCUCUUAAGAAGCAGGCUUCAAUUAUCUGGUUUCUCAUUUUAUUUUUUAAGUGCUUCAAUUUCAAUGAUGAGGUAAACUUUUCCUGUGAAUUUCAUAGGUUUGUGUUUUGAGAACAAUAUUGUUAGUAGAACUCAUGAAAUUAAAUGAACUUGUUUCUUGUGUAAUUCUAGCCUACCUACUCAUGUCACAUAUACUGAUGAUAACUCGAGUAAAAUAUUAUGAACAUUUAUAUCAGUUUUUCCAAACAUUAGCUCUGAUAUUUAACCCUGGAGUUUAUGCUGAAGUCAACUUUUGAUAUGUGGCACUUCUAGUUUUAAAAGAUAAAAAAGCAUGAAAGAAUUUAUUUUCAUGGUCUUACAUAUAUUGUCAUAAAGUCUUGGAUAGAGUAGAUGAUAUCUUGUUUAGAAUUUCUGAUUUUCCUUUCACAAGAAAAAUUCUUUGAGUUUCAUGCUAGAACUUUUUACUCCAACUCAAGUUUCGUGAAAGUUGCUCCUUAUGCAGGCACUAAACUGAUAAGAUGGGAAUCUAAUUGCCCGAUGAAAGGAAGUGCACAAAACAGUCACCGGAUGACUGGAAAUAUAGGAAAUAUUUGUUGCAUCCGUGACCUUCCAAUAGUGUAGGUUAUUAUGUAUAUCUCAACUAAGUCUGCCAAAACAAAUGGCAGUACGAUUUCCAAAAUUACAGUUGCAUUUUAAGAUCAUUUGUUGAAUUAUCAGAAAAUUACCACUGAUUACCUUUACAUACUAAUGUUGACACCUCAGGUAAAGGUGUUAGACCUUGGUUGAGGUUUUUCAUAUCCUGGCUUGGCUCUGCUAAAUCUCUGUGAAGUUCAAUUGUAUUGAUCUUGUUUGCCUUAUUUGAAGUAUGAGGUCGAAUCAGAGUUUGAAUUCUUGGCUCGUUUAACAUACUUAUUUAUAUAACAUUAUUGAUUUUGGUUCUAAUUUGGAACUGAAUAUUACUUGUCGAAUUUGAGUUGGAAAUCUAUUCUCUAGUUCAUCUGUAUUUUCAGGGUCAACUCAAACCUGACUCAAGUUGAACUUGAACUUGAACUUGAACUGAACCUGAUUGACCUUGAUCUACAUAAUUAGGAUGUGAUUCACUUGUAGUCAUGUCAGUAACUGCAUUUUUAACAUCUUUAAACUAGGUGAAAUUCCAACUCACUUGUGUAAUUGUCUAAAUUUGAGCAGCUCUUUUACUUCUAGAUGAACUGAAACUUGCAGUUCUAGCAGAUAACAGUUCCUUCUAAACUGUACUUGGAGAAAUGAAUCUGAUUACGGCUUCAUGAUUUACCAGUCUUGUGUUAAUCCCAUCUCUUAUGGAACUUCCAUGGCAGCAGAAGCUUCGUUUUUCCUGGGAAGGUGAAAGUCACAAAUUUGAUUACUACAUCAAUUUGAACCAUACGAUUACUUUACUAUGAAGUCAGGAUCACAGACCCAACUUAUCCCACCUUUGGUCCCUACUUUGAAUAAUAGUCGGAAAGUAUGUGGGACUGGUAGUCAAGGCACCAAUGUGUCACGGACUCCAUGAAGAAGUUGGCACUUUCACCUUUUGCAAGCACCUCUUUCUGGUACAGAUCUUCUGAUUAUAUGGAUUUUGUAUUCUAGCAUGAACUGCUGCCAAAGAUGUUUGAUUUCUAUUUGGGUUAACGUAAGAUGGUGCGUCACUCUUGCAAUCUGUGAAUCUGCGUAACUACUCUGUCACUAUUCUUCAGUGUCUUGGUUGCUGCAGAUUAUUGCCUCUCCACGAAGUGUCAUUGCAGUUUCCAGAUGAAGUUCAAAAUUGCAAUAAAAUAGCGUUGCAAUUGGUCCAUUGGGUCAUUAUCAAGAUGGACUAAAAUUAGACUCACACAGACAACAAGGUAAUGACUCUCAGCUCUUGCAUUACCAUCAUACCCAUUAUCUUAACCUGAAAAUGAUUCUUUUUUUUUGCUCCUGCUACGUUAGGAGAUGUGCUGAUUUGUUAUUCUACGAUGGCUGGUCUCAUACUGAACGUUAAAUAUUGUGUGGUGGUGAUUCUGAGCACAACAUAGAGACGUGGUUGAUGAAUUGAAGUAUUGCUUAUGAUAAUCUGAAAUUUGCACUCCUUAUACUCAUCUACAUGAGGAGAGUAAGUUGUGUUCGCUGCUCAAAAUUCAUUUUCUGAAGCAAAAGAGUUUCUCUCUUUCUAGAUUUUCUUGCAAUCAGGCACUGCUGCCAUGCAUAACACAUCCAGAACAAGCAGAUUCACAAUCUCACGACUCCGACAGAGACUCAAGAUUGAGGACCAUGAUGACCUGUCCAGAAUCCCACCCCAUCUUGUUGAUGGGAUUGUCAGUAAUGGCAAUGCACAUAUGGAGUUAGGCAACAGGAGCAUGGCUGAAAAUGGAGAGGAGAAAAACAGAGAGCAUGAUGACAAGAAGAAGAAGAAAAGGCUGCUUGGAGGGAUCAAAACAAUGCCCUUUAUCCUCGCAAAUGAAGUAUGUGACAGAUUUGCAACAACUGGGUUUUAUGCCAACAUGAUAACAUACCUAACACAGCAGCUCAACUUGCCUUUAGUGAAGGCCUCCAACACUCUAACCAACUUCGGUGGAACCAUCAGCGUCACACCUCUAAUUGGUGCACUCAUUGCUGACUCUUAUGCUGGCAGGUUUUGGACCAUCACUGUUGGUUCAGUCAUCUAUGAACUGGGACUUGUUAGUAUGACUUUAUCAGCAGUACUACCACAUCUUCGUCCACCACCAUGUCCAACUCAAGUGAACUGCAAGGAAGCCUCAUCAACCCAACUAUGGUUCCUAUACAUCUCCCUCCUCCUCACCUCUCUUGGCACUGGUGGAAUUAGGCCUAAUGUUGUCACCUUCGCUGCCGACCAAAUCGACAUGUCCAAAUCAAGUGUUCAAUCUAGAAGCUGGAACUUCUUCAAUUGGUACUACUUCUGUAUGGGAUUGUCAACUCUCACUGCCUUAACCGUUGUGGUCUAUAUACAAGACAACGUUGGUUGGGGCUGGGGUCUUGGUAUUCCUACCAUUGUCUUUGCUUUGUCUAUUUUAGCAUUUGUAUUUGGUGCUCCUCUGUAUAAUAAAUUGAAGCCAGGAGGGAGUCCAUUAGUUAGACUGGCUCAAGUGAUUGUUGCUGCUGUGAAGAAGAGGAAAUCUGUGGUGCCAGAGGACUCAAAGCUCCUGUAUGAAAAUAGAGAACUUGAUGCUGCCAUUUCUGUUCAUGGAAGACUCCUACACACCAAUCAAUUCAAAUGGCUGGACAAAGCUGCAAUAGUAACAGAAUCUGAAGCAAUAGGUACAAACCCACCUAAUCUAUGGAAGCUAGCAACAGUCCACAGAGUGGAGGAGCUAAAAUCGAUAGUCCGCAUGCUGCCUAUUUGGGCAGCAGGAAUCCUGCUUGUCACAGCAGGAUCACAUCAAUACAGCUUUGUCAUCCAACAAGCUCGAACAAUGGAUCGUCACUUAUCCCACUCUUUCCAAAUCCCACCAGCCAGUUUAUCCAUAUUUGGCAUCCUAACCAUGCUCAUUGGUCUCGCGCUCUAUGAACGCCUUUUCGUUCCCUUUGCUCGUCGAUUCACUGGAAACCCAUCAGGCAUUUCUUGCCUACAAAGGAUGGGAAUUGGAUUCAUGGUUAACAUCAUUGCUACCGUUGUUUCAGCUCUCAUUGAGAUCAAACGAAAAGCCGUUGCAGCAGAACACAACUUGUUGGAUGACCCGCAAGCUGUGAUACCAAUCAGUGUGUUCUGGUUAAUGCCUCAAUUUUGCCUCCAUGGAGUGGCUGAAGUGUUCAUGUCUGUUGGGCACUUGGAGUUUCUCUAUGACCAGUCACCGGAAAGCAUGAGAAGCACCGCGGCAGCGCUGUAUUGGAUGGCGAUUUCGAUGGGGAACUACAUUGGUACGCUACUGGUUUCUCUGGUGCACAAGUAUACAGGAAGUGAGAACAAUUGGUUGCCUGAUUGGAAUCUCAAUAGGGGAAGAUUGGAGUACUAUUUCUUGCUUGUGAGUGGUAUUCAAGUUAUAAAUUUAGUGUAUUAUGUGAUAUGUGCUUGGUUUUAUACUUACAAGCCCAUAGAAGAGAUUACCAUCAAGGAAGAACAAGAUGAUGAAGAAGAUAAGAUUCCUCAUAAGAGAUUGAGUGAUGCUAAUAGAAAUGGAGAUGUGGAGCUUGCAAUUAAUAGAGAGAGUGAAUAGGUUAUUGCACUCUUCUUUUUUUUUUUUUUUAAUAUCCGAGGGAAUCCUAACUCAGCUUGUUACUUUGUAAUAGUUAGGUCAAAUCCAAACCUCGGGUCACCAGGGUUAUUGUACUUCUAUUUGGAAAAUCUAAUAAUGUUAUUAUGCACCAGUGAAAUGAAAUCUCUUUGAAUGCAUUUAGAAGAUUAA